AUGCCUGGCGGACUAAUAAGUAAUUUUGAAGUUCCCGAAGUAAACAAUUGUUGUGGUUGUGUGAACGAUAUAAAAACUGCUGCAGCAAUCAUCGCAGUGCUAGGAAUUGUGACAAGUCCACUAGUGUCAUGGGCGGUGGUUCGUCACGCCUAUGUGAUUCGCGUGUCCUGUUUUGUGUCUGCCAGCUCUUCACGACCAGACGUGGUUGAUAUCAACCUCAGCAAUGUAUUAAGUUUUGGAUUUGGUGCCAACGCUGGUCUCGGUCCAUCUUGUUUGAUUAAAAAUUCAACAAAAGUAUUGCGAGCUGAGGAAGAUACUAGCGAAAAUGACGAAGAUAUGAAGCAUUCGGAGUUUGUAAAGACCGUACGAUGCGUUGGAUGGAUUGUGCUGAUAGCUGACUUUAUAUUUCUAUUGCUCAGCAUCAAUUUACUAAUAAAGAUGUCUUCUGGAAAUGGUCAAAUUGCAGCUAGAUAUUUUAUAUCGUCUGGACUAAUUUCCAUAAUAAUGUCUUUUAUCUAUGGAAUGCUCUAUGUGUCAGCUUGUGUUUACAUGGGAGGUUCUUUUCCAGUUUUUGAGUUCGUAUUCGCGCUAGUUGAUUUAAUGAUGUGGUCCUACUUUUUAAUAGUGGUGUAUUCCUACAGACGGAAAGCAUCGUGA